AUGUCGCACCACCGCGACGUCAAGCCCCUGUGGCUCAUCCAGCCGUGCCUCGACGCCGGCGAGUACCGCGACAAGCUCAUCGGCAGCGUCGUCAAGUACCCGGAGCUGCCCACGGAGCGGCGCAUCCCCUACCGCUCGGGCAAGCAGCCGCGCGAGCUGGUCCCGGACCUGGACCCCAAGCCGCUGACGGUGCACAACGUCAACUUCUGGAAGCGCAACAUCAAGGACGGCGCCGUCCGCGCCUCCGUCAGCGACCUCAUCGACGUCUUUGUCGACCGCGCGCGCGCCGACGCGAGCGCCCGCACCGCCACCGUCGCGCGCAUGUGGCACAUGGACUCGCCCGGCGAGAAGUUCAAGGAGCUGCUGCGCGACAAGGCGUACUUUGAGGAGCUGUUUGACCUGCUGCGCGACAACCACGGCCAGGGCUACUUCGUGACGGACGUCGUCACGCUGGCGAACCUCGAGGUCGCGGGCGCAGAGGGCUCGACCAGGGGCGCGGGCGCGCACGCGAGCCUGCCGGUCCCGCUGGACGGUGGUCUCGCCGCCGGCAUGCUGCUGACCUCGGUGGUGGGCGGCGGGGCGAGCGCGCGGGUGACGCGCGAGGGCGGCUUCUCGGGCGCGUACGAGGGCGAGACGGUCGUCUUCCUGGGCUACCGCCAGGUGCUGCUGGAGAAGGUGGACGGCACGCGGGCGAGGCUGCGCCGCGCGGUGCUGGGCCAGCAGCGCAAGGGCUCGGGCUACGCCGUGCGCGACAACUUUGACUACUGGCCCGCCGUCGUGGACAAGCCCGCGCCGGGCAACGCCAACUGGAUGGGCACGCCGCAGACGCCCGCCGUGGAGGUGCCCGAGGGGCAGACGAUGAUCGCCGCCGCUGCCAUCACCGCCACGACGACGACGACAACGGUGGUGGACGGCAAGAAUGGUGGUGGUGCCGAGCGCGGAAGCGACACCGACGACGAGCACGACGACGAGGCGCAGGCGCAGGCACAGGCGCAGGCGCUGGCGGACCGCGAGACGGUUGAGCAGCUCCAGUUUGACGUGGCCGUGGUGGGAUAA